CAUAAUCCCUCCUGUGAAUAGCAAAAUAUCUUUCCAAGAAAAACAUUUUUUUUUUAAAGGAAAAAGCUUGAAAAAGAUUUGCAUCAUUUUCUGCUAGCAAGUAUUGGCUCCUCGGAAGGGAAGAGAUUCCCCAAACCCCUAUUUGCAGCUCAUCGGAAACCCUUUAUGAAUUGAGUUGUCAUAUUUUCAGCGUUUUAGCCAAGAAAUGAUUGCCACAACAAUCCCAACUCACUUCAGUCUUAAGCCCUCUUAUCUCCGACACCCUCCCUUAGGCACACGCAUAGAAGUCACUGCGACAGUUAGACGUACAAGAAGAAAACAUUCAGCCUCUUGGUGUGUUGCUACCCAUUUUCAUAUCACUGGCAACCAUACUAAUUUCAAGCUCAAAUCUUGUUCUUUCAGUAGAGUACCUACAAGGGUCUGUAGUGAUGGUGGUGCCACUCCACAACAAGAUAGAAAAAUUGAGGAAAGAAACCACAACUCAUCUUCAUCUAGUUUUGGGGACGGUUAUGUUGCCUUGUUUAUUCGGAUGCUUGGGCUAGACAAUGAUCCACUUGAUAGAAAACAAGCAAUAGUGGCGCUAUGGAAAUAUUCACUGGGAGGAAAGAAGUGCAUAGAUAACAUCAUGCAGUUUCAGGGAUGCAUCAAUCUCACCAUAAAUCUUCUCAGUUCAGAGACCAGUUCUACAUGUGAAGCAGCUGCUGGCCUUCUACGAUCAGUAUCUUCGAUUAAUUCAUACAGAGAUGUGGUAGCCGAAUCUGGAGCAAUAGAAGAGAUAACUGGUUUGCUUAGUCAACCUGGCUUGACAUCUGAGGUAAAGGAACAAAGCAUAUGUACUUUGUGGAACUUGUCUGUAGAUGAGAAGCUCCGAGUGAAAAUUGCAAACAAUGAUAUCGUGCCAUUGCUCAUCAAGUCCCUGGAGGAUGAAGACAUAAAAGUGAAGGAAGCUGCAGGAGGUGUUCUGGCAAAUUUGGCAUUGACCAGCUCUAACCAUAGCAUUAUGGUUGAAGCAGGUGUUAUUCCCAAGUUGGCAGAGUUCUUAAAAGCUGAUAUUGAAGAUGAGUACAAGGUCAUUAGGAAGGAAGCAAGGAAUGCCCUUGUGGAACUUGCUAAGAAUGAAUACUAUAGAAUCCUGGUCAUAGAGGAAGGUCUGGUUCCUGUCCCACUGAUUGGUGCUGAUGCUUAUAGGUCAUUUACUCCAGCAUUGCAUUCGUGGCCUAGUUUACCUGAUGGUACAAAGAUUGAACGUACCUAUCGGGGCCCUUCUCGGUUUGGUGCUUCUGAGUUGCUUCUUGGAUUAAAUAUUGAUGACAAGGAUGCAAAUAUAGAGCAAGCAAAGAUGGAAGCAAUAAUUGGUCGGUCUAAGCAACAAUUUCUUGCCCGUUCUGGGGCUAUAGAAUUGGAAGAUGCAAAAUCAUCUGAAACUGAAAUAUCUACUAAUCAUCAAUUUACACUUUUGACUUGGAUGGAUGGUGUGGCUAGAUUAGUUCUCAUACUUGAAUUGGAAGAUGAGUUGGCCAUAUCUAGAGCUGCAAAUUCGAUUGCUGAUGCAUCUAUUAAUGAACAUAUACGAAAUUCAUUCAAGGAAGCUGGAGCAAUCAAACAUUUAAUUCGGCUGCUAAAUCAUAAGAAUAAUGCUAUCAGACUUGCUGUUAUUGGCGCUUUGGAAAGAUUGUCUAUCAGUAAUGGUGUCUGUCAAACAAUUGAAGCUGAAGGUGUUAUGUAUCCAUUGAUUAACAUCUUAAAGGACUCAGAGACAUCUGAAAUUAUAAUGGAGAAGGCCUUGAAUUUACUAUAUCGAAUCUUAGACCCUAGCAAACAAAUGAAAUCAAUGUUUUAUAAUGGACCAGUAAAUGGAUCUAAAAGAGAGUUAGAUUCAGCAAGAGGCUUGGAUACUUCCACUGGAUUAACUACGAAAAGUGAUGAAAAUCCAAUGUCAUUGAUAAAUACCAGACAAGAUGUGCUGGAUGAAGCCAUUGUGGUUCGCCUCGUUGAGAUGCUGAGGCACUCAUCCUCGAAUUUACAAAGAAAAGCGGCUUCAAUCCUUGAUUUUUUGACAAGUAUUGAAGGAAGUGUGGACAUGAUCAUCUCAGCAAAUAUUGAAUCUGGUCUGGAUGCUGUUUUCCAACGAAAAAUAUUGAGCGAAAUAGAUUCUGAUGUAGAAAAUCAGCAGCCAGAAGUGUAUGCCCUUCAACUUGAAGAAGCUGGUCUUGCAAUAUCUGCAGCAUCUCGGUUACUCACAAAGCUUCUUGAUUCGGAUCAGUUUUGUCGCACUAUCAAUUCCCCCCAUUUCACCAGAUUGCUACGAAGAAUCUUGAAGUCGAACAUCCCUCUUCAUUACAAGGACUGGGUUGCUGCUUGUCUAGUGAAGCUCAGUUCGACACACGGUCCUACUCCGAGCCUAGAAUUAGAUAAUCCAAUCAACAUGGAAGUAACUCUUUACGAGACCAUCCCGAGAUUAAUAGAGCAGAUAAAAUCCAGUUUCUCCCCAGAUGUGCAGGAAGCUGCCGUAGUAGAACUCAACAGAAUAAUUUCGGAGGGCGUGGUAGAUGCUACUCGAGCCGUUUCGUCUGCAGGGGGAAUAUUUCCAUUGGUGGAGCUUAUAGGAGGAGGAAGUGAGAGGGCUGUUGAAGCUGCAAUUUCAAUCCUUUAUAAUCUGAGCAUGGAUAAUGAAAAUCAUUCAGCAAUUAUGGGUGCCGGAGCAGUGUCAGCUCUGAGGAAGAUUAUUUUGUCACAAAGGCCGCAGUGGAAGCGAGCGCUGCAUUUGCUGAGAACUUUGCCUACAUGAUUUUCUUUUGACAUUGAAGGCAAUUGGAUUAAAUAAUAAAAACAGCAAAAACAAUGUAAUAGAGAUUUCGAUAGUGAUAGUUUCUUUCUUUUUAUUA